CUGAGGAACUUUAGCAUCGAGCUUUCACUCGAUGGAGAAACUGCGGUCACUGCGGUCACAACAGCGAAAGACUUCGAAAGAAUUACGUCAGGAAGUGCUCCAGAAGCAGUUGGAGGCGAUCGUCUCCGAUUCCAAGGUCGUCACAGUCGAAAACAUACGAGGGGCUAUGGUGAAAUCUUUAAUGAUCGCACAAGUCAACCACUUUGUGGCUGGCUUGAAGAGUCGAAACGAAGACACUCGACUCAAGGCGGCAAAAGAACUACACCACUAUGUCACCACAGAGCUCCGAGAAAUGGGGCCUGAAGACGUCUCGGCCUUCAUGGAUGAGUUCAACGGACACAUCUUCGAGAUGGUCUCCAGCUCGGACGUCAGCGAAAAGAAGGGUGGCAUUCUUGCCAUCGUACAAUUGGUGGGCGUGGAGUCGAGAGGCACCCGUGGACCCAGCAGAUUCGCAAACUAUCUGCGGAUAUUGCUACCUUCGAGCGACACAGGGGUCAUGGAGCUUGCUGCAUAUGCCAUGGGGCGUCUCACUUUGGCCAGCAGCUCCUUCACUGCAGAGUAUGUCAAUUUUUCGGUCAAGCGAGCGAUCGAGUGGUUGAAGGAGGAAAGGAACGAAGCCAAACGACAUGCAGCAGUACUCGUUUUGCAGGAAAUGGCGACGUCAGCUCCAACGCUGUUUUUUCAGAACGUGCAGCCCUUCUUUGAAUGUAUCUUCACUGCAAUAAGAGAUCAAAAGCCUGCGAUUCGAGAAGUAGCUGUGGUUGCACUCCGAGCUGCCCUCGCAAUAAUGGCUCAGAGAGAAACAAAAGACACACAAAAUCCUCCGUGGUAUUUGAAAUGUUACGAAGAGGCAGAGGCUGGAUUUGAAGAAAUCAUCGGACCCAAGGAAAAGGGAAUAAAUCGAGAGGAUAGAGUCCACGGCUCUUUACUCGUCAUCAACGAGCUGCUAAAAUGUGGCAACCUUGAAGGAGAGCGAGUACGACAAGACCUAGAAGAACUGACGACAGCCCAGCAAGGCUGGAGCGAAUCUCCGAGGCCUCCAUCUGUGGGCCCCUCCCUGGCAAAGUCCCUUCGGGCACUGCAACACAUGCAGCAGCAUCAGAAGGGCUCAAGCACCACCUCCCGGGGCAGCAGCGUGCUGCUGCGGACGCAGAAGAACCCGCAGGGAGGCCUUCCGCCAGUAUUCAGCAAAAGAUCUCGGCACUUACUCGUCCCCUCACACGAAAGCGCUACCUGCAGGGCCCUACUCCUGAAAAAAUUUGAUCAGAUAUGCGACAAAGUCCUCCGACAGCGCGGCAUUCGUAACCCCCACAUCCAGCAGGUCUUACAUGCUGUCAUUCCGCGAUUGGCUGCGUUCCAAACAGAUAAGUUCGUGAAAGCGUACCUCCCCGAAGCAAUGAGUUACCUGCUAGGCUGUCUGAGGCGCGAACGCAGCAUGGCCUUCCUCUCGAUCGGGCUGUUGGCCGUUGCUGUGGGGGAUCACAUGCAGCAGUACCUGCCUCGUAUCAUGGAGGUGGUGUCUGCUUCCCUCCCGAGCAAUGCUACUCCGUCGAAGAAGAAAGGCUUGACCCUCGAUCCUGCCGUGUUCACAUGCAUCAGCCUCCUUGCCAGGGCUCACAAGAGGCUCAUCGUAGCUGAAGUGAAAGAUCUACUCGAACCUAUGCUUAAUACUGGACUGAGCCCCGCCCUCACCGCGGCAUUGCACGAAAUCUCGAUGCAUAUUCCUCUCCUGAAGAAAGAUAUUCAGGAUGGUCUGCUGAAGACUUUGUCUUGUAUUCUGAUGCACAAGCCUCUCCGACAUCCAGGAAUGCCCAAACACCUGCACAGCGCACAACAGUCUCCAGGUACAUUGAUUGGAUUGGCUGACGUCAACGACCCAGCAACUAUCACGCUUGCACUCAAGACUUUAGGAAGUUUUGACUUUGAAGGACGGACGCUUACGCCAUUUGUAAAGCACUGUGCCGAUACGUAUCUCUCGAGUGAGUACAAGGAAGUGAGGCUGGAGGCCAUUCGUACCUGCUGCUGUCUCCUGUCACCUGCCCUGGAGAACAUGAAGAGCACCGGCAAGUACAGCGGCACCCUCAUGGAGACUGUGCAGAUCGUGCUCGGAAAGCUGCUUCUAGCUGGUGUUACUGAUACGGAUUCGGAUGUACGAUACUGUGUCCUGGCUUCCUUGGAUGAGAAGUUUGACGGCCAUUUAGCGCAAGCAGAGAACCUCAGCGCCCUCUUCAUCCUGCUCAACGAUGAAGCGUUCGAGAUACGCGAGCUGGCACUGUGCACAAUUGGCCGCCUCAGCAACCUUAACCCCGCCUAUAUCAUGCCACCCCUAAGAAAGGUUCUCAUUCAGAUCUUGACAGAGCUGGAACACUCAGGUGUGGUUCGCAACAAGGAACAGUCUGCAAAAAUGCUUGGGCAUCUUCUCUCCAAUGCUCCCCGCUUGGUUAGGCCAUACGUAGAGCCCAUUCUUUCUGUAUUAAUCCCCAAGCUCGAAGCACCUGACCCCAACCCGGGAGUUGUAAUUUGCGUGCUUGCCGCAAUAGGAGAGCAAGCGCAGGUGAGUGGAACAGAAAUGAGGAAGUGGAUGGACAAGCUCCUGCCCAUCAUCAUAGACAUGCUCCAGGACUCAUCAUCACUGCCCAAACGAGAGAUCAGCUUGUGGACACUGGGGCAGCUGGUGGAAAGUACUGGGUAUGUUGUGGACCCUUACCACAAGUACCCAGCUCUGCUAGACGUUCUUCUCAAUUUCCUCAAGGUGGAACAGUUCCCAAGCAUCCGCAGAGAGGCUAUCAGAGUGCUGGGACUGCUGGGUGCUCUGGAUCCAUUCAAGCACAAACUCAACAUGGGGAUGAUAGAUGACUGCAGCGAUUCUGGAGGGGUUGUGAGCAUCAGUGUCGUAACACCGGAUAACCAGGAGAUGGGAGCCAGCGAAAUGCUAGUGAGUCUCGGAGGCUCCCUGGAAGACUUCUACCCUGCGAUAGCGGUGUCUGCGCUGAUGAGGGUGAUGCGCGAUCCCACUCUGAGUCAACACCACACCAUAGUUGUCACAGCACUUGUCCGCAUCAUCAAAAGUUUGGGCCUCCGUUGCGUGCCUUAUAUUCCUCAGGUGGUGCCUUCCCUGCUGAAUGUCAUCCGCACUGCUGACACCAGCUUUCGAGAGUUCCUGUUCCAACAACUUGGUCUCCUAAUUGCCAUUGUGAAACAACACAUCCGGAACUACCUCGAUGACAUCUUUCUCCUAAUCAAGGAAUUCUGGAAUGUGAACAGCCCCAUCCAGUCAACCAUUAUCAUGCUUGUAGAGCAGAUCGUCAUGUCCUUGGGCUCCGAAAUCAAGGUGUAUCUCCCAAAGCUGGUGCCACAAGCAUUGAAAGUGUUUAUGCACGACACAAGCCCUGAUCGCACAGUGACUGCCAAGCUUCUAGUCGCUCUACAGAAAUUCAAAUAUAACUUAGACGACUACCUUCACCUUGUACUUCCGCCUGUCGUGAAGCUUUUUGACUCUCAAGAUGUUCCCCUGCAGGUUCGAAUGACUGCAUUGGAAACCAUCGAUGUUUUGUCAGAAUCGCUCGAUUUCUCGGAGUUUGCAUCGAGAAUAAUUCAUCCGCUCGUCAGGACGCUGGACACGACGCCAGAAUUGUCUUCGCAAGCCAUGGACACCUUAUGUGCACUGGUAAUCCAACUGGGAAAGAAGUACAAAAUUUUCAUACCGAUGGUGGCAAAAGUGAUGGAGAAGAAUCGAAUAUCCCACCAGCGUUACAAUGCACUAGUCACAAAAAUAGUCCGGAGCACCACUCUCAUAGAGGAAGAAUAUGACACAUUUGCGCCUGAGAGACGGCAUGCCAGAGAACGCAUACAGUCGGAUAAUUCAACGUUUUUGAGUGUGGACACAACGAUGUUCAAGAAACAGCUUGUCUCGUCCACAAACCUCGAAAGGUUGUGGACACCCUGCAAGCGUCUGUCAAAAGAUGAUUGGUUGGAGUGGUUAAGACGGCUCACCAUUGGUCUACUGAAGGAGUCUCCGUCUCCAGCCCUUCGUUCUUGUUGGACGUUAGCCGAGAGCUACAAACAGUUACCAAGAGACCUGUUCAAUGCUGCAUUCCUAUCCUGCUGGGUCUACUGUGCCGACAAUGAUCAGAGGGGUUUGAUCGAGAGCUUCCAGAGGGCGCUGAUGGACCAAGACAUUCCCGAAAUUAUGCAGACGCUCUUGAACUUGGCAGAGUUCAUGGAGCAUUGUGAAAAGGGGCCACUGCCUCUUGACCAAAAGCUGCUGGGAGAACGUGCCAUGAAGUGUAGAGCUUACGCAAAGGCUCUCCACUACAAGGAAGACGAAUUUCACAAAGGCCCGACGACUGAAGUCCUCGAAGCCCUUAUCAGUAUCAACAAUAAGCUGCAGCAACCCGAAGCCGCUUCUGGAGUUCUCGAUUAUGCCAGCAAGUGCCAUGCUGCUGAUCUGAAAGUGAAAGAACGUUGGUACGAGAAACUGCACGACUGGGACAAUGCACUGAAGGCGUAUCAGCAAGCGCGAGAGCAAGAUCCCGACGAUGUUGAGCUUGUCCUCGGUCAAAUGAGAUGCCUCGAAGUUUUGGGAGAGUGGGAUGCGCUCUGUCACUUAGCAAGCGACAAAUGGGACCAUGUCGAAGACAUCAACAAGCAAAAAAUGGCACGGAUGGCUUCAGCUGCUGCUUGGGGCUUAGAAAAAUGGGAGACGAUGGAGGAAUAUGUCCACGUCAUUCCUCGUGACACAACGGACAGUGCGUUCCACCAGGCUGUUUUGGCAGUUCACAAGGAGAGCUUCCAGGUGGCGCAACAGUUCAUUGACAAGGCCAGGGACCUUAUUGACACAGACCUCACAGCCAUGGUUGGUGAGAGCUACAGCAGAGCAUACGGUGCCAUGGUGCAAGUGCAGAUGCUGGCAGAGCUGGAAGAAGUGAUCCAGUACAAGCUGGUGCCAGAACGGAGAGAUGCUAUCAAGCAGAAGUGGUGGGACAGACUGCAGGGAUGCCAAAGAAUUGUGGAGGACUGGCAGCGGGUACUGCAGCUGCAUUCUCUCGUCAUGAAGCCCAAAGAAGACAUGAGGACGUGGCUCAAGUUUGCGAGCCUCUGUCGGCGAAUGGGGCGACUGGCGCAGUCCCACCGAACACUGGUCACUCUUCUUGGUGCUGACCCUUCCCAGAACUUGAACCAACCACUCCCUACGACGUAUCCAGCUGUCACGUUCGCUUACAUCAAGCACAUGUGGAAAAGCAACUUAAAGGAAGAAGCCCUGAAGCAACUGCACCACUUUGUACAAACUGAGUUGCCUACCCAAAACUUCAACCACAUUUGUCCGCCACUUGCGGAAGAAGCUCAGCAAAGGACGGAACAGCAGACGCUGCUCGCAAAGUGUUACCUAAAGCUGGGUUCUUGGGAGGAACGCAUACAGGGAAUUAAUGAGAACUCUAUUCCGAAGAUUCUUCACUACUACCAGCUUGCCACUGAGCACGAUGCAAAUUGGUACAAGGCCUGGCAUGCUUGGGCUUACAUGAACUUUGAGGCAGUCCUAUUCUACAAGAACCAGGUUCAACAGUCUAGUGCCCCCACUCAAGCAGGAGAUGCUCCGAGUGGAAGCUACACAAGUGACUCUCAGAGAUCAGGAUUGACUGGCCAGCACAUUCGAGAUUACACAGUACCAGCUGUCAAAGGCUUCUUCCGGUCGAUCGCCUUGUCCCAUGGAAGCACGCUUCAGGACACGCUUCGGUUGCUAACCCUGUGGUUCGAAUAUGGCCAAUGGGGUGACGUGCAGACCGCCUUGUGCGAAGGCCUCCGCGCGGCACCGGUGGAGACCUGGUUACAGGUUGUCCCCCAGCUGAUAGCACGACUGGAUUCUCCGCGUGCCGGAGCCUUGGUGCAUCAGCUGCUUCUCGACGUGGGAAAGCAGCAUCCGCAGGCCCUCAUCUAUCCGCUCACGGUGGCCUCCAAAUCCACCGUUCCUACCCGCAUGCAAGCUGCUUCCCGUGUGCUCCGUUCCAUGAAGGAGCACUGUGCCGACCUCGUUCAACAAGCAGUUAUGGUAAGCGAAGAACUCAUCAGAGUUGCCAUCCUGUGGCACGAGCUGUGGCACGAGGGCCUAGAAGAAGCAUCGAGGCUCUACUUUGGAGAGAGAAAUAUCAAGGGCAUGUUUGCAACCUUGGAGCCACUUCAUGCAAUGAUGGAGCGAGGUCCGCAGACUCUAAGGGAGACUUCGUUCAAUCAGGCGUACGGUCGUGACCUCGCUGAGGCGCAGGAGUGGUGCAAGAAAUAUCAACGUUCCAUGAACGUCAAGGACUUGACGCAAGCGUGGGACCUGUACUACCACGUCUUUCGGCGCAUCUCCAAGCAGCUUCCACAGCUGACAUCCCUGGAGCUGCAGUACGUGUCGCCCAAGCUUCUCAUGUGCAGGGACCUGGACCUGGCAGUGCCGGGAAGCUACAACCCGAGCCAGCCCGUGAUUAGCAUCGCGAGGGUGGAGAGCAUGCUUCAAGUCAUCACGAGCAAGCAACGUCCUCGUAAACUGUGCAUAAAGGGAAGCAACGGUAAGGACUACAUGUUCCUGUUGAAAGGCCACGAAGAUCUUAGGCAGGACGAGCGCGUCAUGCAGCUGUUUGGCCUCGUGAACACGUUACUGGUGAACGACCCCGAGACGUCUCGUCGAAAUUUGACGAUUCAACGCUACUCUGUGAUUCCGCUCUCAACCAACAGUGGGUUGAUCGGAUGGGUGCCACAUUGUGAUACCCUGCACACCUUGAUCCGAGACUACAGGGACAAAAAGAAGAUCCUACUAAACAUCGAGCACAGGAUAAUGCUUCGGAUGGCCCCAGAUUACGACCACCUAACACUGAUGCAGAAGGUUGAAGUGUUUGAACACGCCCUCGAACACACAAAUGGCGACGACCUUGCAAAGCUGCUGUGGCUCAAAAGCCCUAGCUCCGAGGUGUGGUUUGACAGACGUACAAACUACACGCGGUCCCUCGCUGUCAUGUCCAUGGUGGGCUAUGUUCUAGGUCUUGGUGACAGGCAUCCAUCCAACUUGAUGCUGGACAGGCUCAGCGGCAAAAUCCUACACAUUGAUUUUGGAGACUGCUUUGAAGUGGCCAUGACCAGAGAGAAGUUUCCGGAGAAAAUCCCGUUCCGACUGACGCGUAUGCUCAUUAAUGCUAUGGAGGUAACCGGCAUCGAAGGAACCUAUCGCAUGACUUGCAACAAAGUCAUGAAAGUUCUCAGGGGGAACAAAGACAGCCUCAUGGCUGUCCUCGAAGCCUUUGUGUAUGACCCAUUGUUGAACUGGAGGCUUAUGGAUUCCCAACCAAAAGUGAAACAUGCAAAGGCAAGGAGUGGCUCUGCACCUUGCAGUCAAGAUCAAGGAGAUAUGUUGGACACAGUAGACAUUGGUUCUCAGCCUACUGCCAAGAAGGGCAUUGACUCUGCAUCCGCUGCAGGAGAUGGGGAAGCCCAACCCGAAGCCCUUAACAAGAAGGCUCUGGCUAUCAUCAACAGAGUGAGAGACAAGCUAACAGGGCGCGACUUUGCUCCGGAGGAUACCCUGGACGUACCAGAGCAGGUAGAAUUGCUCAUCAAGCAAGCGACAUCCCACGAGAAUCUUUGCCAGUGUUACAUUGGAUGGUGCCCAUUCUGGUGAUGCUCAGUACAAUGGUUGUACGAAAACCUCACUGUUACCUGCAACGUUUUUACAGUCUUCGUUGCAGAAUUUGUUACUGAUCGGUUGUCAAUGGACACAAGUCACGAGUGUUCUGACAGUCCUUGUUGCCUUACUUGUGAAGGACAUUCUUGUGUAUAUUGUGUACUGUAAAUAAGUAGUUUUCUUUUCAUAAUCUGUAGCGUUGAUGGUUCUUUAAUGCUGUUGGGAAAACAGAACACACAUUUCACUGAAUGGGACGCGAACGAAUGUGCUACAGUAUUAAAGCGGUUGUGACACUUUGA